GCGUGUUAUUCGUUGAUUUAAUUUUGUCAGCGCCCAACCCACACACCAAUCUAAAAUGUCAGGACGUGGUAAAGGAGGCAAAGUGAAGGGAAAGGCAAAGAGCCGAUCUUCCCGUGCCGGACUACAGUUUCCCGUUGGUCGUAUCCACCGUCUGCUGAGGAAGGGCAACUACGCCGAGAGAGUGGGAGCCGGUGCCCCAGUGUAUUUGGCCGCUGUCCUUGAGUACUUGGCCGCUGAAGUGUUGGAGUUGGCAGGCAACGCAGCCCGUGACAACAAGAAAACCAGAAUCAUCCCCCGUCAUCUGCAGCUUGCUAUCCGCAACGACGAGGAGUUGAACAAACUUCUGUCCGGUGUGACCAUCGCACAGGGUGGUGUUUUGCCCAACAUCCAGGCCGUGCUCCUCCCCAAGAAGACCCAGAAGCCAGCCGCCAAGUAAAAAGUCAGCCCUGUCGACUUGACUUGUCUGUACCAAACGGCCGUUUUCACGGCCACCCAUAUUUUUCGAAAAGAUGUCUCUAUAGCAUGUAAUUAAGCACACAUAUACAAUGCAGAUACCCAUUACACGUUUAUUGAAUGCAUUGCCACACACCGUCAACCUAUUACAUAAAUUUCUAUUCAUGUUCAAUUAAUAUCCAAUUUGAUGUUGUUCCAACGCUCUCAAAUGCUAAACACAAAUUUAAUUUAUAUCAGUUACCCCUCAAAAAUACAUUAGUGUGUGAAAAAAUUAAAAUUUGAGCUCAAAUCUCGAUCAUGCUCAUUGGUUAAACUAGUGAUAUAAAUGCAUGCAUAAUGUUAGAAUGAUAUGUACUUGAACAAUUGCGACAUCCGAUUCUGAUUUUAUACAGUGUUUCAUGGGGGAGAUCAUUUGUGCGUUAUUUUA